AUGGAUGUUUCUGUCAUCGCCGAUACUGUAACCGUGGCCACACAGCAAGGGGUAGGGUUUACGAAUCCGCUACUCCACCGACAAAAUUGCAUCUCCAAUAGCAACCUUGCUUUCUCCGCUAGAUUCCUCCAAAUCUCCGUGGUUAUUUUGGACGCACUAGCUCCUCCGCCGGUCAAAUCAAACCCGCAUAAAACCGCUCGCGGGACUCUUCUUCGCAAGAAGCAACGGACGAGGCGGAAAUGGUGCAGCAGCGGAGGCUACGAGGAUGGCGGCGAGUAUGCAGGGUUUUGGGGUGGUGAUGGUGACGGUGACGGUCCGUUUGGUGGAGCUGGUGGAAGUUGGGGUGGUGGCAGAGGGUGGAAUUUUGACAGAUUUGGAGGGCAAAAUUGGGACGAGUCAUCGUGGUCGUCAUCAUCUGAGUUUGCUUAUGGGUUCGUUUAUGAGGUGAUUUAUUGGAUUGCCUUGUCGACUUGCACGCAAUUUGCGUUCGAGAAGGUUGUGAGGAUCAUGACCGAUGGAAUCGGUGAUGCUGAGAGGGAGAAGGUUCCUAUGAGAUUGACUUCCGUUUGCUAA